AUGAACAUACGGCAGUUUGUGUUUCUACUUGUUUUCGUUGUUUUGACGACUUUACUCCUCAAUGCAUAUUUCGAACUGAGAGGAAACACAGAGCCUGUAAAGGACCCUGCUAUACAGAGUAAAGAAACAUUGACCAAGGCACGAGUCAUAUCAAGUAACCCGACACAUGACCAACCGCCUAUCCCAAAAGUGGAUGUUAAUGACGAAAACCCGCAAGGCAUUCGAGAAAGAAAACAACUGCCGAUGCUUUCCAUGAUAGUUAUUCUCGGUUUCCAAUACUCCAAUGCAUUCAAACAGAUGCAGAAUCAAACGUUGAUUUCAAAGAAGGAAGAGAAAGCAAAUAAUUCGCAAAUUAUUCGAGAAAGCGAACAGUCAAGUAGUAAGACAACAGGCUCUACCCUCAACUUAGAUCAUCGGUACAUGAUACCAGUGCACCUAGAUGGGAAUGGACCAAACUGCCAAUACCAAGCAUUGAGGGCUGGUAUGAAAUACGCCUUGAUAAAAAAUCUAACAUUGUCUGAAAUAUUUUUUUUCAACCAUUGGACAGCUGGUAAUGAGUUUAGUGGCAGAAAGUUCGUCAACGAAACUUUUGACAUGAAAAUAAUAAAAGAAUUGGUUGAUUUAAUCUCUGUUGAAGAGUUUCGACACCUGUGUAAUGGAGCUGUUGGUGUUGUUAUCUUCCCUGGGCGUUGUUUAAACUUAAACGAAACGUACAAAAGAGUAAGUGUCGAAUUCACUGCAGAGUAUGGAAUCAAACUACCAACUAUGGAUGGAAAGUUAACACAUAUUGGUAACGAGCUAGCCAUAGUGGAACCAUCUCAGAAUAGCCAAUGUAUUGGGUUAUUCGAACCAGAUAGAGGGUGCCAAGUACGUGUUUCAAAUGAGAUCACAAGGACGGUUGACAAGCACUUGACUAGGACGAAGGAAAUUAGAACGUUAGCAGAUCAAAUCACUAAACACAUUUGUAAUGGAGGUCCGUAUAUUGCUAUGCACUUCAGAAACAAAUCAGGAGAACACUUUGCACACCCUGGGAGUAGAUACCAUACAUCCACCUUGGCCAAAAUGCGACAAGAAGUUGCUGUACUUUGUGAGGAUGUUAAGAAAUUCAUGUUGUUGAAAAAAAUAGAAUGCAUUUAUGUCUCAUUUCCUAACUUCAGCAGUGCCAUCAGUAAAAUGUUAAAAGACGCCAAUGUUGACAAUAUUAUCACCAGAGAUGACAUCACUAGUACAUCGUACCCAAUCAAGAUCAGAGAUAAGAUUAGAUUAGACAACUAUCACGUUUCAUUACUGGAAACAGAAAUUUGUGUCCGUUCUACUGUAUUUUUUUCAAGCACAGAAUCAGCAUUAACACGUAUGGUAACAUAUGCUCGGGACACAAAACCUGAUAAUAAUCUUACAAUACCACUGUAUGAAAUUAAAAACUGGGUUUGA